UAAGAACUGUGACGUCCUCCUCCUCUUUCAGUAUGCACUUCCCUCCAGAGAAGAACGGCGCCGUGUACACUUCUCUUUCUCACUCACAGAUAGUGGUGUAAAAAAAAAGGCUCUCAAAUGAUAAAAGAGGCUGAUUUAUUUUGAUGGUGGAGGCUGCGCUGGAUGGGUAUGACAUGCAGGGGGGGGGAACAGGAGAUUUUAAGAAACCUUAAUUUAUUUGAAUUUCUUAUGGCAAAGGAGACAUGGCUGGACUGUUUAUCUCCAAAAGGUUAGCCGACCCUUGAUGGGCGUGGAGUAUCCAGAUUCUCUGGAUUCCAAAUACGAUGGAUGACGACAACUCAAAUGCUGUUCUCUCUGGGGAGCAGCUCAUCUACGCCAUCACCGUGCCACUGUCGACCUCCAUCAUCCUGGCGAACCUCGUCAUCAUCCUGGGCAUCGUCUGGAACCGCCAGCUCCACAACACGCCCAACUACUUCUUCCUCAGCCUGUUGGUGGCAGACAUGUGCACGGGUGUGGCGCUGCCCUUCAUACCCUUAAUGGGCCUGAACCGGGAGCUAAGUUUUAGCUCCUGUUUGCUGGCUCACGUCUUCCCGAACUUCCUCUUCUUGGCUUUCCUUUUCAACCUGGUGAUGGUUCACUACGAGCGCUACAUUUGCAUUGUCGACCCCUUGCAUUACAACAACUUGUGGAUGCAUCGCAGCCUCCCCCUGGCGUUGCUGGUGGUGUGGGUGCCUCCACUUCUGUUUGCAUGUCUUCCUGCCUUUGGGUGGAAUAACUGGACUGGACCAGAUUGGAACAGCUGUUGCACAAGUAGCCAAAAUGUCACUCUGCUUUCAAACACUUCAACAAAUGAAACCAUGUGCUGCUCGUAUCGUCGGGUAUUUCCCAACGCUUUCAUAUACUUGGAAGUGUACGGGCUUGUGUUGCCUGCUAUUCUCACCAUCGCUGGAAUGACCGGCCAUGUCCUAUGGAUCACCCGAGGUCAGCUGAGGGACAUUUGUCGCCUCCAUCGUUCUGUGGAUCGGGGAAGUCAGGCGUCAGACCGGGAGCAGAGGCUGAACCUGCGCUACACUCGCUGUGUGGUGGCUGUGUCGCUCACCUUCCUCGCUUGCUGGGUCCCCUACCUCAUUUACAUGCACGCCUGCAUCGCGUUCCUGAUCAGUGACACCAAGUGGAGCUCCACCACGCACAUCGUGCUGUCCUGCACUGGUAUAGGAAGCAUGGCUGUGGUGCCGCUGGUGCUCGGCCUCGCCAACAAGCAGUACACAGAGCCGGCGUUCAAACUCCUCCAGAAACUCAGAGACAGGUGGAGGAGGAGGAAGACCACACAGGAGACAGAGGAGGUGGCAGUCUGAGAAAAUAUCGGCAAACUGAAUAUUUAUGAGGAUGAAUCCACAAGAGGGGGUUUUCUCCUGUUUCUAAACACGCACAGGUUAAUUUGACAUUCUAAACUGACCAGUGUGACCCCGCCUUUUGCCCUAUGUCAGCUGGGAUUGACUCCAGAAAUAUGCCAAAACCAGAGAAGACUGCCCAUGGCCAAGUGGAAAUCCACGCAGAAAUGAUAGGGAAAGGAAACUUGGCUUGUAACAGUAGGGUUGUCAAUUCGAGUCCCCACUAGUUCAAAUGGCUGGGGUACCCCUGAGCAAGGUACCCCACCCCCAUUGCUCCCCGGGCACUGCUCAGUGGCUGCCCCCUGCUCUUAAAUCUAGGAAGGUUCCUAGCAAAGGAUGGGUUAAAUGCCGAGAAAAUAAUUUCCCUGAGGGAUAAUUAAAGUAUAAGAAAAAAAUAAAACACUGAUAAGAUAAAAAAGGAAACUUGAGUGGAUUGAUCUGGCCUCUUUUCCGCGUGGACAGCCCUUAAAGGCUUGAUGCUGCUGCCCCUUGUUAUAAAAGAUACACCACAAAUGAAGUCACUGGAGUUGAAAGAUUUUUCAAAAGAUUUUUCAGUUUUGUGCCUUUUUAUGAUAAAUACAAAGUCAGAUUAAUGGAUAAUCUAAUAUUCAUGCCCAUUCCUAAAAUUACAAUUUAUAUCAGCCAACAGCAGUGACAAAUGUUAAGGGAAUACCUAUAAACCUGCUCUGCGCACACAUUCUCCAUAUGUAUGCAAUGUUUACCUCUCCACUAUUUAUCUACAUACUGGUAUGCAAGGCAUGAGGAGAUUAGGAUUCCGCUAAAACAUGACACUGAAAAUGAAAAAUCCACAAGUUUCCGCUUUUAGAUAGAGAAUGUCAGGGGAUGUUUAACGUCUGCACACAAUUUGAUUUCCCUCUGUAACUUCAUUAAACACAGUAUGUGUACUGUACUGUAUGUACAGUGUGUUGUGGUAUUUGUCUUGCAAAAACAAAAUGCAGUUCCACAUGCGUGUGGGUGGAAAAAGAGACACGACGGCGAACUAGAAAAGCAGACGUUGAUCAAAUUAAACGACAAAUGAGGUCCUGAUCUGUCGGGGGACGUUGUCGGGGGAGAUAUUAUCAUAUCACGUACGCCAUCUGUACGAGUUCAUGUUCCUGUAUGUUUCUUUUCCACGUCAGAAUAUCAUGUACAUGUCAGUAAGAUUGAGAAUAAACAGGGGAAGAAGAAGGAAAAGUCUUCAUACUCUCAGCUUUAAAACAAACACAUUGUGCCAGGAUUUAUCACACUUAUACGUAAUAGUCUGACACAUUCAAAUAUCAAAAGGAGCUUUCAGACAUUUUGUAAGCUGAUUGUUUCCUCCUCUUUCUUGGAUUUAUACAAAGAUAAGUGAGAUUUACAUUGCAU